AUGACGAGCCUCAAGGACUUUCGUGUUCUCACCUUCGAUGUCUACGGCACAUUGAUUGACUGGGAGAGCGGUAUGCUGGCAGCGUUGCAGCCCCUCCUCGACGAAAACAAGCGUACCGAGUCCGGCUUCUCUCGAAAGCACCUCUUGGAAGUGUACCACGAGCUUGAGGCCAAACAGCAAACCCAAACUCCGGAUCUCCUGUACUCUGAGCUCCUCACCACAAUCCACCCUCAGAUAGCCGAGAAGCUGGGACUGGCCGUGCCGACUCCAGAGGCCUCCAAGGCCUUUGGAGACUCGGUCAGUCGCUGGCCCGCCUUCCCAGACUCGGUUGACGCUCUGCGCCGCCUGAGAAGAUACUACAAGCUCGUAGUUCUCUCCAACGUCGACCGCGAGUCCUUCUCCGGCACCAACUCCGGGCCCCUCGAAGGAGUCCCCUUCGAUCUGGUCAUCACGGCCCAGGACGUCGGUUCCUACAAGCCCGACCAGCGCAACUUUGGCUACAUGCUGCGCAAGGUCAAGGAAGCCUUCGGCGUCGAGAAGGAGCAGGUGCUGCAGACGGCGCAGAGCCAGUUCCACGACCACCACCCGGCAAAGGAGGCGGGGAUCAAAUCGUCGUGGAUCGUGCGGCCUGGUGCGGUCAUGGGGAACAGAAACUACGAGGUUUAUGACUGGAAAUUUGACACUCUGGGCGAGAUGGCGGACGCUUACGAGAAACUGUUGUUUUGA